CCUGCGCGCGACCACACGUGAGAUACAGACACAAAUGGGCUAAACAUUAACAACACAAACAUUCAUACGUUUUACCUACCACCUCGCCUGGAAAUCCGUCGCGAGUUUGAGAGAGGAAGAUGCCAAGGACACGGUGUUUCCUGCACCUCCAAGGGCAAUUGCACAGAAGUUGUUUGUUUUGGGGAGCCUUUCAAAGAGGUUAUGCAGAGAGCAGUGAUGUGGGCUGGUUUCGGUCAUUUUUUGUACACAAAGUAGAUUCCAGGAAAGAUGCCCACUCCAAUCUCUUGUCCAAGAAAGAGACCAGCAGCCUCUACAAAAUUCAGUUUCACAACGUAAAGCCAGAUUGCCUAGAUGCCUACAACAGUCUAUCGGCUGAGGUUCAGAACCAACUCCAUCAUGACGAGAGCUACCCCUGUGAGGUGAUUGGAAGCUGGAACACUUGGUAUGGCGAGCAAGACCAGGCUGUGCACCUUUGGAGAUAUUCAGGAGGGUACCCAGCUCUUACUGAGUGCUUGGACAAGUUGCACCACAAUAAGGAAUAUAUGGAGUUUCGUAAGGAGAGAAGCAAAAUGUUAGUCUCACGUAAAAACCAACUCCUUCUGGAAUUCAGUUUUUGGAACUACCCGACACCCCGAACUGGUCCGAACAUAUAUGAACUUCGUUCCUAUAACCUCAAGCCCGGCACAAUGAUUGAGUGGGGAAAUCACUGGGCUCGGGCCAUCACGAGUCGCCAGGAGAACAAUGAGGCUGUUGGUGGCUUCUUUACUCAAAUUGGAGACUUGUACAUGGUCCAUCAUCUGUGGGCUUAUAAGGACCUACAGACCAGAGAGGAAACCAGGAAUGCUGCCUGGCUGAAGGAGGGCUGGGAGUCAACAGUUUAUUACACAGGCUUCCAAUGAAGGAACAUGAAGUAAAAUUCUCCUGAAAGAUAGUCUGUGAUUAUUAUCCAAUACAAUUUUUGAUUGAAAAUUCAGCUAAUUGUUUGUCUCAUAAAAGCCUCUGGUGAACCAAAACAAAGACCUGUAAAAUAUUUUUGUUCCAAGAUCCAUUCCAAGGUUUUCAUUUUUCAUUCAUUUCUUUGCUCUUAGAUUUUUACAAUCUAAAAAUGUACUUUCUUGGGGGCCAUGUUUGGAAUACCUUAAAAGUACUCAUGGCCAGAUGUACGUACAUUUGCGAACAUAGCGUUA